CUGCAAGCUGGGCGCCUUCCUUCUACAGAACCCAUGCCCCCUUGCAAGGAAACCAUGGAAUUUCCCCAGGAGUCUUCGACAACUCCAGGCCACAGGAAGGUCACAAAUGGUCAGACAAGGAAUGAAUUCGAGGGAGGAAGCACCAGCCCUGCCCACGUUGUCUGGGGCCCCUACCAAGGGGACAGGAAAGCCCCACAAACAGGACCUGGAGCAUCCAGGGAGCAUCUGGGCUGCAGGGCACAUCUCAGCCGCCCCUUCUUUGGUGAAGCCUUCCUUGACUUCCCAGUUUCCUGAGGCAAAGUUAAUUGCUUCCCCACCAUCAUUAAUUCUGGCGGGGUCCGGGCCACGCCUGGGUGCAAAUCCUGCCUCCAUGACUUCCUAGUUGUACCGUGGCCACAUCUCUCCACUUCUGCAAGCCUCAAUCUUUUUAUCUGUAAAAUGAGGCUAAUAAUAAAAGCACCUAUUUUAUAGGGUUAAUGUUCAGUUAAAUGCAAUAAUCUGCUUAUAACAGUGGUGGUCAGUAAAUGCUAGCCAUUUCUUAUAACUCAAAUUCUUUUCUGCCUUGUCUGUACUUUCAAAAUGCAAACCUCUUGAAAGUAGAGUCUGAGUCCACCCCAGCCUCAUG